AUGAAGUUUGCGCGCUAUCUCGACGAAAACACCGUCCCCGAGUGGAGAAAGGUUUACAUCCAGUAUCGAGGUCUCAAGAAGCUCAUCAAGCGUGUAGCUGAACACCGCGAGGCUCGACUGCGCCUAGAAGCCGAGCUUGGGAUCAACAGCUCGCAUUCGAGCUCUACAACGAUCGCUGCAACCGCUUCAUCGGCAGAUCCAUAUAUUCGCCGACGAAAUGUUGCUGGCCACUUCUCUGGUCUAGACCAAGAGGCCCAGUCUACGCUCGCUUCCAGUUCUGGAUUCAAGCGUCGCAUUGAUUACGGCGGAACCACUGCUCCUGCUCCAUCUUUGUCGACUCUGCCUCCUGUAAGCCUCCAGGGAACCGGACUUCGACUCUCAUCGGACAGCCCCACCUACGACGGCUCCGCUCCGCCACCCAACCUCGACUCGGAUCUCGAAGCUCAGGCGCUGCCCUCAACAUCAGUACAAGUAUCCGGCAACUACGCUCGAAGCGGUGCUUAUCCUUCAAUAGACUUAGAAUUGACAGCCAACGCUGACACGCCGAGUCCCCGAACUACUGGGGCCACCAAUGUACGUUACCAGGAUGACGCGCCUCCAUCUUCUGGAUCGGCACGAAAACACGCUUCUCACCAAUCCAAGAGCUCAUCAGCUUCCAGCAAACAUCACCUUCUCUCCAAGUCCGGCUCCUCUGGGCGUUUUUCGAAUCCGAACCGCUCGCUGAAGGAUGAAGCACCUGAAUCGCUACAAGAACUGAUAGUAGCCAACUUUGACGACCAAGAAGCCAAGCUGUUUCUUGCUUGCGAUGCCGAGCUUGAACGCAUCGUUGACUUUUACGAAGCGCAGGAGCACUCGGCGGCCAAGAAGUAUAUGCAGCUAGCUCGUCAACUCGAGGAGCUCGCCGAGCAUCGACGCGAGUACCGUGCCAAAUACAACAUCAGCGAUCAAGACCGAACAGGUGCAGGAUCGCGGCGUCAUCGUAUGUCGCAGCUUCUCAUGAACCUGCCCGGUUCCAAGCUGAUUGUGGCGGAUCCAGUUGCGAGUGGCGUCAAGUCGAACGCUGGGCUGUCCUCCGUGAAGUUGCGAGAUGCCCAGCAACAAGGCCAGCAGUCUGCCAACAGAGCGCCACGCUUCUCCUUGGACAAGUCGAUCAACAAGCAGCACAGUGGCAGUAGCGGUGAAGAUGAUCAAGACGCAGGGGGUCGACGUCGAGCGCAGGCGCUGGCGCAGAUGCAGGCCAGUUUGCGCGGUUGGGACGACGAGACAGACCGAGCGAUCCGCCAAGCCAACAAGGCAGCCGCCAUGAGCCACGAUCCGGAAGCGUAUGCAGCGGCGCGCAAAAAACUCAAAGCAGCGGUGCUCGAGUACUACAAGUUUCUCGACACGCUCACCAACUAUAAGAUCCUCAACCGUACCGGCUUUGCCAAGGUGAUGAAAAAAUUCUCGAAAACCGUCGGCGUGGCCUGCACCGAUCUAUACUACAAGGAUCGAGUAGCACCCACCAUCCUGGUCAGCUCGGAUCGGGUGGAAAAGCUGCGUAAAGCGACCGAGGACAUCUACACGGCCUACUUUGAACACGGUAAUCGUAAGCAGGCGCUCAAUCGGCUGCGUGCUAGGGAAGACCACACGACGCAUCAUUAUAGCGUCUUUCGCAGUGGAUUUUACCUCGGCAUUUCGGUGUGUGCUAUCGUUGCUGGCCUAGUGGAAGCGAUGAAGCCAAACACACAGCGCGAUAUCCCACAGUGGCAGGCACUGUUGCGAGUGUACGGUGCUGAAUUGAUCCCGACGCUAUUUGGGUUGCUCUUUGGACUCAACCUGGCGUGGUGGCACGCGGUGCGCAUCAACACAGUGUUUAUCUUCGAAUGGGAUGUGCGCACUACGAUGGACCAUCGGCAAUUCUUUGAGAUUCCAGCGCUGCUCAUGUUGUUGCUCUCAUGCUGCUUUUGGGUCUCGUUUGUCAAUCCGUUUCCUGAAGCUAUUGCGCCCACCACUUGGCCUACGGUAUGGUUGGUGAUUGUAGCACUUGUGAUGCUCAAUCCGUUGCCUAUCUGGAUGGCUGCUAGUCGCGCUUGGUUCGUGAAAAGCUUGUUGCGCGUAUUCACCGCGGGUUGCAAGCGCGUCGAGUUCCGCGACUUUUUCCUUGGAGACGAACUGAAUUCGGUAGCGUGGUCGUUGAGCAACUUGUGGUAUAUAGGAUGCGAAUGGCAUCAUGAUUGGACGGACCCGGAUCAGUGUUUUCCGAACAGCACUUAUUGGACAGCUGUGCUGCUCUCGGUACCGGCGUGGCUUCGAUUGGGACAGUGCAUUCGACGUUGGGUGGAUAGCGAUUAUCGGACACACCUGCAUCUUGUUAACGCGGGCAAGUAUCUGAGUGCGGUACUCAACAACUUUAUGUACAUUCACUACCGACGCAACGGAUCGCAGAACGCGCGAGAUCGAGCACUCUGGAUUCUGUUUGCUGUCAUCUACUCGGUCUGGCAUAUCGUAUGGGAUCUACUUAUGGAUUGGUCGCUGCUCAAGCCGCGCGCGAAAUUCUGGUUGCUUCGGAACGAAAUCUGGUUCCCACAACCGAUCUACUACGUGUUUAUCACCGUCGAUAUCAUCGGUCGUUCCAUAUGGCUCAUCUACCUACUUCCCGGAUCAGCCUCGCUCACACUACGAUCGUUCUUGGCCGCACUCGUCGAAAUGAUCCGUAGGGUCUGUUGGAACAACCUAAGAGUCGAGAAUGAACAGAUUGGCAAUACCGACUCGUUCAAGAUUAUGCGCGAUCUGCCGCUACCGUACCGACAAAAGCUGAUCGACCAAGCCGAGGCGGAUGUGCGCGCCAACGAUAGCGAUGGCGUUCAUAAGACGGGCAUUUUUUCCAGUGUCAAAUUGGCAAGUCUAAGAAAGAAGAGUCGCGCGACGACGGCGGCGGCGGCGGAGCACAGAUAUGCGGCCGACGAUCAAGAGUAUGCGAGGUACUCACAGACGGUGCAGGGAGAAAGCGUGGUGGAGAGUAGCGUCCCAGAUACGCUGGCUCAAGAGAGACGGAGGUCGCUGAUGGAAGGACUACGUAGCAAACUGGUCCCGGAUGCAAAGGGGGAGCAUUAUGGAAAGCAACUUGAUGAACGCGCUGUUACCAAGGGCGAUACGGGGAGAGACUAUGAGCCGAGACGACAAGAGUCGAUGCCAGGGUAUGUAGACAUGGAUAGCGAUGACGACGACGACGAAGAGACCGCAGAUGAGCAACACACCAUUCCCAGCUCACCACAAUCGGGAUCGGAUCAAUUCGCACACGAGACCUCGUCCAAGCUUCCGAGAUGGCCUCCGAAAGCUAGAUCGAGAGAGUGA